AUGGCCAACGACUGGAAGACCCGCGCAGACGCGUACAAGGCACAGGUACUCGCCUCCAUCCCCGAGGCAUGGCGCCUCAAGUCCAAGCCAGCCAGCAAGGACGUGCGGUUCGUCGCUGAGACCUCGGGCAUCCUGACUCCCGACGAGGUCAAGCUCCUCGCGCGCGACGCGACGCAACUCGCAGCCGACAUUGCCGCGCGCAAGUUCACCGCUGUCCAGGUCGUCACUGCGUACUGCAAGAGCGCGGCUGUUGCCCACCAGACCACCAACUGCAUCAUGGACUUCUUCCCGGAGGAGGCUCUCGCUCGCGCAAAGUGGCUCGACGACGAGCUCGAGCGCACGGGCAAGACGGUCGGUGCUCUCCACGGCGUGCCGAUCUCGGUCAAGGACAUGGUCGCGGUCAAGGGCACACGAAUGUCGGCCGGGUACCUCGGGUUCCUUGAGAGCGACCAAGGUGUUUCGGCAGAGGACGCUGUCAUCACUGCGUCGUUCCGCGCGGCUGGUGCCGUGUUCUACUGCAAGACGACCAACCCCCAGUCCAUCAUGCACCUCGAGUGCAACUCGUUCUUGGGGCCCACGACCAACCCCUUCAACACCGACCUCACGCCAGGAGGGUCGACGGGCGGCGAGGCUGCGCUGAUUGCGGCCGGCGGUUCCGUCCUUGGCAUCGGUACCGACAUUGGCGGCUCGAUUCGCAACCCCUGCGCCAACUGUGGGCUGUACGGCUUCAAGCCCUGUGCGUCGCGUCUCCCAAAGAGCGGCAACAUGUCCGGCAUGCCGAACCAGGAGACGAUCGUCGGCGCAAUCGGGCCGAUGGGCGUCAGCGCUCGCGACAUGGAGCUCUUUGUCAAGGUGCAGCUCGACGCCAAGCCGUGGAAGCUUGACCCCGGAGUCGUCAAGAUGCCCUGGCGCCCCGAGGAGGUCGAGUGGAUUGGCGGCAGCAAGCCCCGCAUCGGCGUUCAGUGGAACGACGGCGUAGUUGUGCCCCAGCCUCCUAUGCGUGCCGCGCUCAAGACUGCCGUCGACAAGCUCAAGGCCGCGGGAUACGAGGUGGUCGAGGUACAGCCCCGCAAGACAUGGGAGGCGUGGCUCCUCCUCAAGGAGCUGUACUAUACCGACGGCGGUGCGCGUGUGAUCGAAGAGCUUGGACGUACCGGUGAGCCCCUCCUCCCUCUUACCGAGUGGAUUAUGGAGGGCGCGACGGAGAAGACGACCACCGAGGUCAUGAACCUCGUGGGCCGGCGCGAGGCCUACCGCAAGGAUUACGCAAAGCACUGGGAGAGCCUGAACAUCGACGUCAUGCUCCUCCCUCCUAUGCCUGGGCCGGCGAAUGUGCUCGGAACAUCCAAGUACUGGCUGUACACGGCGCUGUACAACCUCCUCGACUACCCUGGUGCCGUGUUCCCCACCGGCGUGCAGGUCGACCCAAAGAACCCCGAGCACGCGCGCGACCAGCCGCGCGAGUACCUCUCCGAGGACGACAAGCGGACUGCCGAGGAGUAUACCCCCGAGAAGUUUGAGAACGCGCCAAUCGAUCUCCAAAUCAUCGGAGGCCAUUGGGAGGACGAGAAGGUGAUGGAGGCGCUGAAGAUUAUCUCCAAGGUUGUCAACCCCUAG